GGGAAACGAGGUUAAAUAAUGACGUUAGUGAACUUCAGGUCGGAGCUCUAGAAAGAUGCCCUAGUAUCCGACUUGGAUGACUGUUCAAAACGAUUUUCCAAAUCGGAGCGAACGUAUUUUGACAUUAUAACGGUUGCAGGGUUGUCUAAUGGGGCAAUAAAUUGUAAAUUACUGGACAAGGGAGGAUAUUCGUCAAAUUCAACGUCUCCUCUACCAAGAUACAUACUGGUGCAGCUAGCUAACGUUAGCUAGUAACAAAAAAAAAGCUACAUUUGGCUAGCAGCUAGCUACCUGCAGUAGGCCUAAUGUUUACUGUGCGCCAUGCAAGCUUUAGUCGCACAUUAGUCAACUCCUAAACUCACAUUUAAUGUUGAAAAGUCUUUGCUAUUAAUCGUUUGGGGGAGAAAAGGUUGAGCUCCAGUGGGACUGUAAAACUUCCGGUCCGUACUAAAACCGGAAGUGACGUAAUAUUUGUGCUGCCAUCAGGUAGGUGGCUAGCAACUCCGCGUUUUCCAAGUUAUAAUAAAUAUAUUUAUAUAUGAGACGUGACUUGAUACGUUGCUGAUUUAAGGAUUACUGCCCCUACUAGAAUGCGGGAUCAUCUAAAUAGCUAGAACUCUAUGAAAAGGACAGAAACAGAAGUACUAACAUCGUUAGCAUAGGUGGGUGACUGUUUUGUUUGCUGCAGUACUGUUAACGUCAGAAGCUGGCCUUUAUUGAUAAAGCACCGUAUAUGGAUCCUCACAUCAGUGUGAAAGACGAACCCACUAGUGAUGAUGACGUUACACACAGCUGGUGCAACCCUGUCCGGCCCUCACAAAUGGACUACAGUCAUGAAGGUGCUGUUGAUAAGUCUGGGUUGGAACCAGAUGACCUUCCAGGCCUCAGUGAGGCAAGAAAACCAACAUUCAAUGUGAUUGUCAAAGAGGAGGAGGAAAAGGAGGAAGAUGAGGAUGAUGAGGAGGACAUGGUUGACCGAGGUUCAGACACUGACUACACACCAAGUCCCGCUGUGGUAGUGAAGGUGGGAGAACCCAAACCACCAAAGAAUAAGAACACAGUAAAGAAACUUCACCAGUGCCCCGACUGUGGUAAAACCUUUGAGAGGCUGUCGCGUCUGAAGAGGCACGAGCCAUCACACUUGAGGAAGAGCAAGCACCCGUGCCCUGACUGCAACCAGUCUUUUGGCAACCUCUCAGUCCUGAAGAAACACAGGGCAACACACAAGAGCACCGAGAAGCUGACUCACCAGUGUCAACAAUGUGGCAAGACGUUUGAGAAGCUAUCGCGCCUCAGAAGGCACCAGCCCGUACACCAGAGGAGAAAGAGGAUGGACCACCCGUGUCCUAAAUGUGGCAAGACCUUCAAGAAGUUAUCCGGCCUGGUUCGGCACGAGCGAGGACACACCGGAGAGAAACCGUUCCCUUGCUCCCAGUGCGGGAAGAGCUUUGCCGACGACCGUCACCGGAAAGUGCACGAGCAGGCUCACCAAGGGAAGCUGGAGAGACCCCACCGCUGUGCUGACUGCGGGAUCUGCUUCCCCAAACCAUCCGAGCUUCGACGGCACCAACGUGCUCACACGGGAGAGAAACCGCACCGCUGCCCUGACUGUGGGAAGGCCUAUUCCCGGUCAGAGACUCUGAAGAGGCACCUUCUCAUCCACACGGGGGAGAGACCUCACCUCUGCACUGAUUGUGGGAAAAGCUUCAUUGACUUGCAGCAGUUGAAAUCUCACCAGCGGAUUCACACUGGAGAGAAACCAUUUCACUGCCCCGUGUGUGGGAAGGGUUUCUCACAGAGGGGUAACAUGAGGGCACACCAUCGGACUCACACAGGGGAGAAACUUCAUCACUGUGCCGACUGCGGGGCCAGUCUCUCCACAUCUUCUAGUUUAAAAGAGCAUCAGCUCAUUCACACAGGAGAGAGGCCCUUCCAGUGUCUGGUCUGUGGCAAACGCUUUCUGCACAUCUGGAGACUCAGAAAACACCAGAAGACACACACACACCGGACUAACACACACACACCGGACUAACACACACACCGGACUAACACACACACCGGACUGACACAAACCGGACACACGUUGGAUACACAUAAGGAAGACAAAGACAUCUCUGUGUGCUUUGAAAGAGCAGCAACUGUAGUGUUGUACUACUAAUAUUAAUACUACUAAUAUUAAUACUACUAAUAGUUAAUACUACUAAUAUUAAUACUACGAAUAUUAAUACUACUAAUAGUUA